CAGUCAGUCUCUCUGGUGGUGAGAAGGUUUAACAUCUUUGCACGCUCAGCUUUUAGCUUUCAGACACCAGCUUUUGUCCACCUGUUGUUUUUGUCAGGAAACAGAAUGCUGCAGCCUUCGGUGGGGUUCUGAGUUCGGAUUCAGAGCAUGGAAACUUUUCACAUGGACAUUUUGUGAGCUUUUCCAGCGCUUUCGCCUAAAAAAAAAAAAACAAGAUUGCACAUGUGUAUUUUUGUUCCAGAUGAGGAUUUAUGAGCUGUAAGCAGUUCCAGCUGAUCACCACACCAGUUUAUCAGCUAGUGAGGAUGCUCCAUUUUUAUACGUCAAGCCGAGUGUUGCUGUGUGCCGCUCUGUGGAGCCUCAGCUACCCGAGUUCGCUUUCUGCCUGGCCCGGCAUUAGUGGAAGCAAGCCAAAGGAUAACUGGGACCCUAAUGUAAGGGACUGGGGAGACUAUUCCGAUCUCCCUCCGGGAAUCGAACAUGGACUGGGGCUGGAGGAAGACAGCAAACAUGGUGACAACAGAGGAGUCGGAGAGUCAUCGUCAAGCUUGGCUCCGGAGCUGGACUUCUUGGCUGAGUUUGCAGGGAAAAAGAGGCUGUGGGUGAUAACAGCCACAUCACAUAACGACCACUACCUUCGUUUGAUGGAGAAACAGCUAGAAGACAUGGAGCAGAAAGGGCUGAACUGCCAACUAGCAGAAAGAGACACCUUCAUCAUAACCAUCAUCCAGAAUGCCAUGAUGGAAGGUCGGAUCCAGAAAACCACUUUUCAAGGAGAUGCCACGGUAGAGAGCCUGGACCCCGACACAGUUACCAAACUGCUGCACCACCUGGAGCUCACCAGCCAAGAUCAAGUGUUCACCAUGCUGGUCAUGAAGAAGAACCUUCGGGUCAGUGAGCGCUUCCCGUAUCCGGUCCGUGUCGAGGCCAUUUUGGAGCUCAUUGAUCAGUUUCCCAUGAGAAAGCUGGAGAAGAUGACCAGAAAAGGAUCGAAACUGAGGUGUAAAAUCACAAAAAAGAAGCUUGUGGUGAAAAGAAAAAAGGUAAAGACGAAGACCGUACUGAGCCCUCACAGACGAGGAAAUGUGACGUCUGUGGUGACAUUACAAAGGAGACCUCUUCCGGACAAAAAAGAUGCCCUGAGGAGUAGGAUUCAGGCUAUACUGAGCGGUCAGUCGAGGUUUGUUAUUCGUAAGAAGCCUGCUGGUGCUGCCUCAAAGUCCUCAAACAGUGAUGAUCGGGCCACUUCUAACCUACAGGAAAAAGAAAAAGUGCCCAGUCCGCCAUCUGUUUCUAGGAAGAAUGAAGAAGUGAAGAAAGACAGGCCUGAAGAGGUGGACGAAGGAAAGAAAAGACACGGAGGGAAAAAGAAUGACGAUAAAACACAAGUAAAUGUAAAGGAUGGCACGCAGGAAAAACAGAGCUCUAAGAAAAAGGGCAAAGGAAAAAAAGGAAAGAAAGGAAAAGGAAGAGGUAAAAAGUCCAACAGAGAGGCAACUGAGAAGGAUAAAACAGCCCUGAAGGACUUCGUUGACAGUUUAAAAGGAACACGAAGGUUGAUGCUGAUGUCAACGCCCAGCCGAGAUGCAACACUGUACAUUCAACAGAAUGAGGAGAACGAGAGGCAACACUGCGAGCUCGCUAUCAGGAAAAUCACCGUGGCAACCAUUGUGGGAGAAGGAAGUGACGCGGCGCUAACGAUGCAGCACCACCAGCUUGAGUCAGAGCCUCCCCUCAGCGACCUCUCGGAACAGUUCUCAGAUUCAGGCCCGAUCUCUCUGUUGAGGUCGGAGCUCGGCCUGUCAUCCCCUGACCUCUUCUCAAUGACUGUCACAGACUACGACAUCAAGCCCAGCAGGGUCUUUGAGGCUCCUCCAUCAAGCCUGGCUUUGUUGGAACACAUUGACAACUUUCCCUCAAGGCAACCGGAAAAGGAGAAAGAAAGGAAGGGUAGCCCAGCCUGCUCCAAAGACAAGCAACAACCUGUAGUUGAAAAUUCACUGCUGAGGUUCAUGUCUAAGAGGAGACUGCUGCUUAUCUCUGCUCCCGUUGAGGACGACUACUCUUUUCAGCAACAGCUCUCUGCUCUGAACGGACAAGAGUGUCACCUGGGUAUUCGCCACUUUGCCAUGUUAAAGCUGAUUGGAACCGGACAAAAAGCAUCAGGAACUGUUGAGCUGUUUCCCUUAAACGGUCGUAGUCAGAGUGAGGUGGAGUCGUUAUCUCGUGACACGGUCAACAAUCUGAAAGAACAGCUGAAGAUCAGUAAGGACUACUUCAGCAUGCUGGUUGUGGGGAAGGAUGGCGAUGUCAAGGCGUGGUUCCCAUCACCCAUGUGGUCCCUGGACAACAUCUACGACCUGGUGGACUCCAUGGAGCUUCGCCUCCAGGAGGAGAAGCUGCAGAGGAGGCUGGGGAUCCACUGCCCGGCUGAGGACAGAGGCGGGGGAGGAGGCAGCGAGACUGGACACUAUCACGGAUAUGAUGACGACGGGGCAGAGGACACAUACCAGUAUCACCGAUCACAGGAAUAAUGAGAGAAAAGGAGUAGGAAGAUACUGCAGAGUGAAGGAGAUCUGCACAAAUUGGAUGUGACUAUCAAAAAAUUGACUCUGGACUCACAGGAAUCAGUUUUUAAAAAGAUGGAUAUUAUACAAAUAAAUAAAUGCACGUUUCAAAAGUUGAUUGUUUGAUUCAAGAAUAUCUUAAUGCAUAAAAGCAUAUGUGCAGCCUUUCAGCUUUACUGCUCUUCAGAAAAGCUGGUGGCCUUUUAUUAUUUGCAGCAGUGAAACAGGACGAGACGAUCAGCCCAGGCCAAGCAAAAGAGUUUUUGGCAGCACUUCUGUCGAUUUAUUUUCUAACACAUUCACUCUGUGGAGAACAAACACAGUGAAAGUUCCUCUGUUGAAAUGAUGUUGAAACUGAAACUUUAGUUGAAGGAAAUAAAUGUUGUUUUCCCUCUCUCUUGA